GCAGAAUAUAUCGAAUACUUUGCUACAAGCUGAUAUUAGCAAUAUAGCUACUUAUUUACCACUGUAAGUGAGAGGUAUACUUGCUAACGUACACGUUCUACGCGAUAUAUCACAGUCAAGAGGUAUUGUAUAGUACGGUGUGAGAGACUCACCUCAACUCUACUGCAAAUCACGUCUACCAGUUACGGUAGAGACCCCGAACACAACGAACCUUGUCCCCUAGUUACCGUUGCUAGCUAGCACAGCGACACGUCUACCAAGCCGUAAAACUUUUACAAAGUCAUAACACGAUGAGCAACGAUUCAUUCACUGACCUCUCGUCCAUUCCCUCGACUGUGCCUGUGCCCUAUGCCAAGUUGAAGGGACAUGUUUCCUUUGCUGAUCGCAUUCCGGGGCUGUCUCUGUCGAGUUUCAAGGAGUACGACAUUCACGAGCCGCCUAACCAGUGCAAUAGGAAGGCGUUUAUGAGCUACAAUUACAAGGGAGAGAAUGACAUGGGUUUCACUGUCGAUGACUUGCCGGCAGAUGAGGGCUCGGAUGGGUCUGCGCUGGGCACGCACAUGUUGGGACCAAUUGUGGACGAGGUUUUGGCACCUAAGAUCAGUAACCUUCGACUAACAAACAAAAAUGAGCGCACCCAGAGCACCAGACUGGACAGUUGCGUGUCUGAUAGUACUGGUGAUAGCACGGUGAAUCGGCGAGGCACUUGCCAUGACGCGUAUACCAGACAGAACCACCUACAGGCGGACAGCAACUCAUCACCGGUGCUACAUCUGGUACGGGCCAGGUCAGAGCCAAAGCCGUUCGCAAACAUGGACAACGACGAGCUGGGGUGUCUAAGUAGCAGUGACCACACGCUCAAGAUAUUAACUAGGCCACGGGAUGAUAGUAAUGCCCCUGUCACUAUAUGUGUGGUGCGCUAUGACCCCAGAGCCAGAGAACUUACCGGGACCAUUGCGGUGCACAAUAUAGCGUUUGAGAAACGUGUGUUUGUGAAGCACACGUGUGAUAAUUGGCAGACGUUUACGGAAACAAAUGCGAGGUAUGUGUGGAGUAGAAGCUCGCCUCCAGAAUCGACAACCUUUAGUGUGGAUGUGGACAUGUUUGCGUUUACUGUGCCGAUUGGCCACGACUGUCUGCGGGAGACGGGUCGCGUGGUUGAGUUUAUUGUGGGGUACACUUACCGCAAUAAGGGACAGGGCACAACUGUAUGGGACAAUAACGCCGGGCACAACUACAGAGCGGGUGUAGUCACCUUAGCAGACGCGCACUUGCCUAAGUUCAUCACGUCUGAGCUAAAUGAAACACACGAGCACACCCAUACCCACCCAUCGCCGCUGCAAGGUUUUGCAUCAGACGCUAACAGUAGUGAGACAGGAAGUGCUCUGAAGAGCCGACAUAGCAGCGCUAGUUUGCUGGCCGCACCCACCCAGUCUCAGGCGAGUACUGGCCCGGCCAAUGCGUCUGUACUGUGCAGUGACAACCCACCGUACCUACACCGCGACGCCACGCACAGGUACAGUCACACACAGCCGCCUAUGAACAAGAGUGUUGCACUGGAGACCCAUACCAUCACAGCCAACAAAUCACGCAAAGGCCCAGCGGACGUGCCCAGUUACUUGCCCCCCUUUUCAAUCGAGUGCAGGAAUGAAGAGGGUAUAGUAGACCAAACCACACAGAAUAGACAAGGGAAAGUGUACCAAACCACACAGAAUAGACAAGCAUCAUCUGUCCCCAGCUACUUGCCGCCGUUAAUGCCCAUGCCCAAGUCGCCUAUAAGAAGUUAUAUCCCACCUAUGGCAGAGUAAAAUACAACGUACAG